UAAUUAGUUUAAAGUUAAUUUUUCUUGCAUCUGCCGUGAUGUCGCAAUUCCCAGAAGUUUUAGACAAUAAUCUUUUACACGCCGAAAACAACGAAACUGCCGAAUACAUACAAAAUGAUGGGACAAAUCAAUCAGAAGUGUUCAUGGAACAUCCCUACACGCCGAACAUGCAUCCAAUAAAUAUGCCUUCUAUUGUAGAAGGUGCGGUUCAUCCUUAUAAUAAUUUAAUCCAUCACAAUGAUGCGAUACCACCGGCAAAGUACGCCUCGAUGAGACAAAUGACAGAAGAUUUCUGGCGUGAAAAAAAACAGAAAAUGACUGAGAUUUCUGAAGAGGAUAUGCUGAACAAGUCGAAAAACAUGAGCGUUCCCAUGGCUAGAGUGAAAAAGAUUAUGCGAAUAGACGACGAUGUUCGCAACUUUAUGAUCGCGUCUGAUGCUCCGAUAUUUAUGGCUCAAGCAGCCGAGUUUUUCAUUGAAGAAAUGACCGCAAUGGGCUGGCAAUACGUGUCAGAAGCAAGGCGACGAAUUCUUCAAAAAGCCGACAUAGCAAGCGCAGUGCAAAAAAGUGAUCAGUUCGAUUUUCUCAUCGACUUUCUACCUCCGAAAACGGUGCCAACAACUUCCACAAACGGCCCAGGCCAUAUGAGUGAAGACAGUUUCCAAGAUCCCAACAUGCAUUCCGACUUUCACCAGAGAACUUCAAAUUCUUCAGUCAACCGAUCUCACCACAAUUGAUCUUUAUAAUAAUAUUUUCUUGCUUAUAUUAUGUAUUAAAAUUAAGUUCGUGGCGCCUGGCGCCCUUU